AUGGAAGCCAACUUCUUCCUCAAACCUCAUCAACUCACCGGCUUCAUCGCAACAACAGCAACGGCAACAGCAACCAUGGCUGGAAAGAAGAGUACGGCGUCUCGCGGUCCCACCGCCUUGCCCAAGUACCGGGGAACCGGCUUCGAAGAGUACUACGCCGAUCCUCCCAUGACGGCGGAGGAGGCCAGGGAAGAGAAGGAGAACAUCUACAACCCGUCCUUGCCCUUCGUCGAGCGAAUUCAAGCAUGUAUCCAACGCUUCCGCUCCCGCCGCCGCAUCAGUGGCUCCGAAGCCACCCAGCCUUUCAACCAGUACCUAUUUCUUGGCGGCGUCGAUACGUCUCCCCGUCUGUUCGGCGGUAACACAGAUCAAGACGUGCAGGACAUGACCCCAGACGAGCGCAGAACAGCAACGGCCACCGACGUCGUUUACAACUCCGGUGGCGGCAGUCGAUUCUACAGCGCAGACGAUCCCGAAGGCUGGGAUGUCGACUUCGCGGGUGUCGUCGCUGGCUUUCUGUCGGAGAACUUGGCGGCGAGCACCAGCUGGGACUACCUCCGCAUGGGAAAGGCCAUUGGCAUCAUUGAGAACUUUCUCAACUACGUUCUGCAACACGACGUCUGUCCCGAGUACGCGGACAAUAUCAGACACGCCCUCAGCUACUGUGACAGAGCCAAGAUCGAUCUUCCCCUCACUCAUCAGGCUCUGAUCAGCUUUCCCGGUCAGUUCAACCUGGCGAUGUGCGAGCUGUUCUGCCCCGAUUUCUUCUUUAUCAACGAAGGCGAAGGCGAAGGUGAAGGCGACAAUCUGGCUAGUUUCAAGCGCCGCGAUGACUUCAACCCAGCCGCGGUCGCAAAGCUGGCGCUCGCUGUUGGCGUGGUUCACAUGGGCGUCGACAAGGUGAAGGCAGGCAUGAUGCUCCGUGCUGUGGACAACAUUGAGAAGGCAAAAACGACCGAUGAGGCUUCAGUCAAGGUGCCCAAGGUUCUUGGUGAAGAGAAUUGCAGUAUGGAGGUUGCCGACAUUCACCGCGCUCCCAAGUCGUUGUGUGAAGCUAUUGGAGGCAUCCGAGUCGGUGAUGACAUGACAUACGGUUUCACUGCCAUGGGCAAGCUCGUCCUUCGGCCUUGUAUCAUCCAGGAUGGAUACGACCAUGGCGACGACGGCAGCAUCGAGGCGACGAAGGCCAACGACGGAGCCGACGAGAGAACCGACGUUGAAGCUGGCACCAGCGAUGUCCUUCACACUUUCAUCGUCGACGACGACAUACUCGGUCGACUACAGCCCGGCUUCAAAAUGCAGCUGUGCAUUGUCCACCUGGACAACGGCGUCUCCUUCAUCAAGCAGGUGCGAUCGAUCUUCGUGGCAUGGCAUACUUUUCUUCCUCAGAAUUUGAUGGCUCAUUUCAAAGAGCCAGUGGCUAACGAUCGUCCCGCCCCUUCCGUCGCCAACCCGAACGCGGAAGAGUACGAUGAGUCUCUGGAAAAGAGCUUUGGUAGCGCAUGA